GCAGGAUGAGCGCGGCUCUCCAAGAUGGCGGCGGAGGGAGGAGGGAAGGAGAUGAACGAGAUUAAGAGCCAGUUCACCACCCGCGAAGGUCUGUACAAGCUGCUGCCGCACUCGGAGUACAGCCGCCCCAACCGGGUGCCCUUCAACUCGCAGGGCUCCAACCCCGUCCGCGUCUCCUUCGUCAACCUCAACGACCAGUCCGGCAACGGCGACCGCCUCUGCUUCAAUGUGGGCCGGGAGCUCUACUUCUACAUCUACAAGGGGGUCCGCAAGGCUGCUGAUUUGAGUAAACCAAUAGAUAAAAGGAUAUACAAAGGAACACAGCCUACCUGUCAUGACUUCAACCAUCUAACCGCCACAGCAGAAAGUGUUUCUCUACUUGUGGGCUUCUCUGCAGGCCAAGUCCAGCUUAUAGAUCCAAUUAAAAAAGAAACUAGCAAACUAUUUAAUGAAGAGAGACUAAUAGACAAGUCCAGAGUAACCUGUGUAAAAUGGGUGCCAGGUUCAGAAAGCCUUUUCCUAGUAGCCCAUUCGAGUGGCAAUAUGUACUUGUAUAACGUGGAACACACUUGUGGUACCACAGCCCCACACUACCAGCUUCUUAAGCAAGGAGAAAGCUUUGCCGUACACACUUGCAAGAGCAAAUCAACAAGAAACCCUCUUCUUAAGUGGACAGUGGGAGAGGGCGCGCUGAACGAAUUUGCUUUUUCCCCAGACGGGAAGUUCUUAGCGUGCGUGAGCCAGGAUGGCUUCCUUCGGGUGUUCAAUUUCGACUCAGUGGAACUGCACGGUACAAUGAAAAGCUACUUCGGCGGGCUGCUGUGUGUGUGCUGGAGUCCAGACGGGAAGUACAUCGUGACGGGCGGAGAGGACGAUCUGGUAACGGUUUGGUCCUUCCUGGACUGUCGAGUGAUCGCGCGAGGCCAAGGACAUAAAUCGUGGGUCAGCGUCGUGGCGUUCGACCCGUACACCACUAGCGUGGAAGAGAGCGACCCGAUGGAAUUCAGCGGCAGCGACGAGGAUUUCCAAGACCUCCUGCACUUCGGCAGGGACCGGGCCAACAGUACCCAGUCUCGGUUAUCCAAAAGGAACUCCACAGACAGCCGCCCAGUAAGUGUUACGUACAGGUUUGGCUCAGUAGGCCAGGACACACAGCUCUGCUUGUGGGACCUCACGGAAGACAUUCUUUUCCCCCACCAACCACUGUCAAGAGCAAGGACGCACACAAACGUCAUGAACGCCACGAGCCCGCCCGCGGGAAGCGGUGGAGCCAACCCCGGCAGCAACGGGAACAGUAUCGCGACACCGGGAAACUCGGUCCCCCCUCCCCUCCCGAGGUCCAACAGCCUUCCGCAUUCGGCCGUCUCAAACGCCGGCAGUAAAAGCAGCGUCAUGGACGGGGCCAUCGCUUCUGGGGUCAGCAAGUUCGCCACCCUCUCACUACACGACCGGAAGGAAAGGCACCACGAAAAAGACCACAAGCGAAACCAUAGCAUGGGACAUAUAUCGAGCAAGAGCAGUGACAAACUGAAUUUAGUUACCAAAACCAAAACGGACCCAGCUAAAACCUUGGGAACGCCCCUGUGUCCCAGGAUGGAAGACGUUCCCUUAUUAGAGCCUCUUAUCUGUAAAAAGAUAGCACAUGAAAGACUGACUGUGUUAAUUUUUCUUGAAGACUGUAUAGUCACUGCUUGUCAGGAGGGAUUUAUUUGCACAUGGGCAAGGCCUGGUAAAGGGCCGUCAAAGCACUUCUCCUCCAAUCAGGAGGACAGAAUGCAAGGUAUCCUCCAAGACCAGAACUAAUGUGGCUCCACAAAUUGAACGGAAGAGGGAACUGGAAAGCGAGCGGGGUCUGAAAGAGUUGAAAGGCGGUUGACCUUUCUUACCUGCUCACAAGUUUAACUGCACGGUCUGGGGGAGACGCUGUUGGUUUCCGUGUUCGAACAAGCUCAAGGUGUGACUGACCGGAAAGAAGCCGACAGGCUAAGGAGGUGGUUGCCUAACUGCAGGAUAAGCCUUUGGGAAGCAUUGCAAAUGAAAGUUAUUUAUUUGAUUAUCCGUUUUGAAGAACCGUGAACAGAGUCUUAAUGAGGCAUUUCCAAUUAAAGAGUCCAUAGAAGACUCUGACCAAGAUUUAGCUAAACGCUAAUUAGACUUCACCUGGACUGCUAGCAUUGUAAAUUUGGGUGAGCGAGGGGCUGGGGGGGGGAAAAGGCAGUUGGUUUUACUUCUGUUAUUUGAAGGGGGCAUUUCACUGUUACAGCUGAUGUUCUCAAUGUUGGAACCUAAAAUUCCGAGUCCUGUUUUUUUCUCCACGGUGGGAUUUUCUAUGGAAGCAUCCAACCUCCUAGAGUUCGCUUGGCGGGUUAUUUAUUGUCCACACGAUCUGGGUUACAAAGGUGAAAGUUGUACAUAAUUGCAAAAACACACGUACCUUCUGAACCUCUCUAGUCGAAUCCACCCUCAUCCGAAGGCUGUUUCGAAAACUACUGUCAUUAUUAUACUGUUUUUGGAACUAGUCCGUUGAUGUGGUUUAUCGCAAAAUGCCUGUUGAAGUGUCUCAUGACUUCAGUGAAGCCGAGAAGGGACCGGGGUGGAACAUUAUGGCGAGGGUGUCUGUAUUAAAGAAAUCUGACUUCUGCUGUUCACGUGAACUUCAGAAAUCCCUUGUAUUCAGCAUUUACCUUUGAAACCCGGUUAUGUCUCUUAAGGGACUGUACGAUCUGCCCCGACAGUAGGUGAAAGCUACAAAUGGGUGUUCAUUUUUGUAUUCAUCACCGCAUCUGUUACAUGAAAUUCGUGUCUUAGCUGAAAUCGCUGUUUCAUAACUUGAGUGGAAGUUAAAACAAUCUUUUUUCCUGCAUUUUUAUGAUUUCUGUAUACUUGAGUUUGUUAAAGAUUAAUAUGUUAGGUGAUACUGUACAAAACUGUAUGAAUAUUUACCUUUAGUGAAAAUCAAAAGUAAAAUUCAUAUGUAUUUCCUUUUUUACAUUUUCAUCUAAUUUCUUGACAACUUGAAUAAAUUUCAUAAAGAGCCUUUCUAACAUGAAA